GCUUCUUCUUCCUCAAGUACCUCCCGAUCUCCUCUGGUUCCUGCCUCAAAUCACAAACCGGACCGUAGCAAUACGUAGUUGUGCGAGCGAGAGGCGUAGAGAGAUGUGGGCGCCGUCGCCACCAUUCCUGUACCCGCCGCUUGCGUCGGCGUUUGUGGCCGCGAUGUCGGCGGUAUCCGUCGCCUCGCUGGCGAGCUUGGGCCUCUCGGAGCUCCGCGGCGAGCACAUGGCCUACUCCAAGUUCUGGCACGUCGUGGCGGGUGUCAAGCAGCGCCAGCAGGGCGGCGGCGCACUCCUGCCGAGCCGCGGCGGGAUGCUGGUGGCCUACGCCCCGGCGCUCGUCGCCGCGCUCGCGUCCUUCGCAGUGCCGGGCGCGGUGGAUGGCACGCGCGCCCAGCUCCUCAGCGCCGCGCUCGCCGUCCACUUCCUCAAACGGGUUCUCGAGGUGCUUUUGGUUCACCGGUACAGUGGGAGCAUGCCGCUCUCCACGGCUCUAACAAUCUCCUCUUGUUACCUAUUCAACAGUGUCGCCAUGAUCUACGUGCAGCACCUGAGCCGCGGUCUCCCGGACCCUCCCGUCGACCUGAGGUACCCCGGCGUGCUUGUCUUCGCCAUCGGCGUCGGCGGUAACUUCUACCACCACUACCUUCUCUCGAGACUGAGAGCCGUCGGAGGCGGCAACGACAAGGGGUACAAGAUCCCCAGGGGCGGCCUGUUUGAGCUCGUCACCUGCCCGCACUACCUCUUUGAGAUCCUCGCGUUCUUCGGGUUCGCCAUGAUCUCGCAGACGGUGUUCGCGCUCUCUGUGGCCUUCGGCACGGCGGCCUACCUCGCUGGCCGGAGCUGCGCCACCAGGAGGUGGUACGCGUCAAAGUUCGACGAGUUCCCGGCGAGGAUCAAAGCUCUGGUGCCGUAUGUCUUGUAGCGAGUUGAGGAAGAGUGCUUGCUCUGUGUGCAAUUUCACGUGUACAAGAUAUCGUUGUGAAUUGAUGUCGAUUUGUUGAUAAAUGACGCCUAUGUAAACCUCAAAACA